AUGAGGCUUCCGCAGCCCAGGGACACCGCAGCGCUGCUGCCACCGCCGCCAUCCUCUACCCUGACAACGUCGAGGGGCUUCCGCCUUCACCUGCUGAGCCCCACCACGGAGUUAGACAUUGGGGCCGCCGAGUACAGCACCGUUUAUUCUCGCCUGUGCUCCAUAGAGUACCUCCUACCAGCCGCAACGUGUCUGCUGCUGAUCCUUUACGGCUUUGCAAUCCUCGUGUCGUUCUGCAACAAGAACUUUAGUUCAUACAAGCUGAACGUCACGGAGGCCAUGCCCCUACUUGGACGCAUCGGCUCCAAGGGCUACGACAACACCAUGGACGAUCAGUGGUCCGGAUUCUCCACCAACUACAACAGCUUAGUCUGCGUGGCGUUGAUCCUGGGCGGAUUUUCCGCAUUCUAUCGAAACUUCCUCUUCCGCCAAACGGCAUCUUCAUCUUACCGCUCCUCCGGAGCUGCAGUCUCCCCCCUCCUCCUCGUCAACGACGAGUUGUCAGCUGCGCUGGGCAGCCGCGUAAGGGCGCAAACGUCACCGGUCGUGUGUGGUAAGCCACACCCACGCUGUCGCGCUCUCCGCCCACUGUCAGCUGCACCACGGGGGUGUACCGCUUUCUUGCAAGGCGCUUGGAUCCUGCCCACCUUCUAUACCAUCACAGGAUUCAUUUUUGUGGCCGCUGUGCACGGCCCGCACUUCUUCCUUCCACUGCUCCUCAUCAUCGCCAACUACGUCAUCUUCUCGCGGCUGCAGCGCCUGUGCCCCUACUGGCUCUUCAUGACCACCAUGUGGGCCACGCACGUCGCCGGCCUGUACAUCAUCGAGGUCGCCAAUGGGUUCGAGGGGACGUACUGGCUCCAGUACUUCUUCACGAGUGCUGAUGAGGCGCUGAAUCUCCUCGGAUAUGAGCAGAAGCCUCUGUGGGACACGAAUAUGCGCUGGGCCAUAUCCUUCCGGAUGUCGACGCUGCGCCUCAUCUCCUUCAACUACGACCUGUGGGAGGCCACGCACGCCGCCGCGCGCGCGCGCGAGCGUGCCACGGCGAAGCACGACGCCACCUGCAUCGAGUGCGCGCAGCUGCGCGAGCAGAACGCUGCGCUGGCGGCCGCGCUGCCCGCCGAGGCGUCGCGCUGCUACAAGUACCGCACCGAGUACCCGCGCGACCCCGCCGACUACAACUUCGUGAACUACGCCGCCUACACGCUGUUCCCGCCACUGUACCUUGGCGGGCCAAUGUCGUCCUUCAACGCGUUCGUGUCGUACAUGCGCGUGCCGAGCACGUCGAUGCCGCUGCGCAAGAUGGUCACGUAUGCGUUCUCCAUCUUCCGCAUCUACGCUACGACGGUGCUGCUUCUACACUUUGUGCACGUGCCAGCCUUAGCGAAGCACUCCUACCUUAUCACGGAGAUGAGCUUGCAGGAGCAGGCGCACUUUGUGUUCUUAACGCUGGCCUACCUGUGGCUGAAGUUCAACUUCAUCUGGAAGUCGUCGCGCCUCUUCGCCAUGCUCAGCGGCAUCGAAGUUCCGGAGGACAUGCGGCGCUGCUUCGCGAACACACUGACGGUGCGCGACUUCUGGCGGGAUUGGCACGCCUCCUUCAACCUGUGGGUCGUGCGGUACAUGUACAUCCCGAUGGGCGGCAGCAGCCGCGUCGCGCUGUCGGUGCUGCCCAUCUUCCUGUUCAUCGCGUUGUGGCACGACCCGGUGUUGCAUCUUGUGAAGUGGGCGCUGUGCAUUGCCGUGAUGUUCAUGGCGGAGGUGGCGGUGAGCGGGUGCUUUGGGUGGGCUGUGGCGGCGUUCCGCCGUGAGAUGGCCGCCGUGGCACCGACGGGCGCCGUGAAUGAUGCCACGCUGGAAAGGGAGAGACCCAUUACCGACCCGGUGCGUCGUCGUCUGCUGGCGCGCCUGGCGAGGUUGUGUGCGCGUCGCUUUAGCCCGCGGGUGCAAUCGUUUCUCUAUCGCCAACUUCGAGUGGCGGCUGGCAUGUCCUCAGUGUUUGGGCUGAUUGUCGCCAACUCGGUGGGCUUCUCGAUGCAAAAUGGCCUGACAGACUCGAAUGGGGGUGCGAAGCCGGCGCAUGCCGAUGCCGAUUUUCUCAUAGCAAAGGCACUUAUGAGCGUAACACCCACGUUUACCCUCGGUGUAGUGGCCUUUAUGUAUUCGGUUUCCUCCUUGGCAGUGAUCGAUCGUGAAAUGACUCACCAGCAGACAUUGUCUCUGAAGCGGUUGUACUGCUUGAAAUAG